AUGCGAGAAAAGCUAAGUCACAACAAAUUCUCAACUCCAACAGAUUUUAUUAACACAUUUAAUAAAUGCAUUAACCAGAUUUUGCAAAACGUCGAUGAAACGUCCGAAAUGAAAUACUGUAUUCAAUACUUGAGAGACAGAGUUUCAAGCGAAUUUAAGAUUUUUGAUAAAGGCAAUACAGAAAAAUGGACAAAAGCUACAAAAUCUCUCAUCGAAAACAUCAAAUUAGUGGUACCUCAAAUUCCUGAUGAUGUUAAAGCAACAGACCAAAUUUUCAAGAUUUCUCAUGAUAGCCCAUCCUUUUCAGUACCAAAUCCUGAUCCUGCAAAAGAACACCUUAAAAUGGAUCAAUUUGAUGUUAGCUUUAUUGGCAGACAAAUUAGCUGUCUUAAAAGAGAUGAAGAUGCUUAUGAUAUUAUUCAGGUCAUUUGUACUCAUAAUCCAGAAUUUAUUGCCGAUGAUAACGGAGACGUUGUAUUUGAUUUAAACAAGUGCUCUCCAUAUACUCUUAACUUGAUUCAAAAUCUACUUGCAACUAUGCCAAAAGAUAAUUCAAUUAAUAAUGGUUUACUCAAUGCAAGUAGUACAAAUGAUGUUACUGAAUUUGUUCAAUUAUAA